AUGCGAAGAACAGUCGAUCAGUGUCCUGCAGACAUCGUCUUAGCACCAUCAGGACGCCCCUUGACCGAUCUCGAGUGCGUCGACGAUGUUGUUAUAUUCGCGAAAAGCAAUGUGGCUCUCUUCGAGACCUCGAACGAGGAUCCGGAUGGAUGGACGGUCGAUCGAACUCGGGUAUGCCACGAUGAAAAGCUUUACGCAGAAGUUGAUGUGGUAUACCGGCGGAUGACAUAUGGAAGAUAUCAACAUCUUGCACAGCCAUCGAAAGGGGCUGCCGAAAAUCGUGUUUGCUUCUUUCGUCAUACACUAAGGAGACCAGCAGAUCACCUUGUUCUAAGAGUUGUGAGUUCGUCGGGUUUGAGCUGGAAAAGGCCACCUGGCCGAAAGUGGAAGUUAUGGAAUGAGGUGGUGAAAGAAGACCUGAGGAUAUUCGGCGUGGAUAGGCAGUUAAGGCGAGAUGCAAGGUUUCGCAGAAUAUGGAAUAACGACGAAUGGAUCGAUUCCGUGCAAGCUUUCGCAGAAGAUCGAGAAUGUUGGGCAGAGCUGUGUUCAAGGACGACACACUUCGGCGAAGAUCGAAGAUGCGGGUAA